AUGUCUACCUCCGAGCUCGCCACCUCUUACGCCGCUCUCAUCCUCGCUGAUGACGGUGUCGACAUCACUGCCGACAAGCUUCAAUCCCUCAUCAAGGCCGCAAAGAUCGAGGAGGUCGAGCCCAUCUGGACGACCCUGUUCGCCAAGGCUCUUGAGGGCAAGGAUGUCAAGGACCUGCUACUGAACGUCGGCUCAGGCGGCGGUGCUGCCCCCGCUGCCGGAGGCGCUGCUCCUGCCGCUGGCGGUGCUGCUGAUGCCGCACCAGCUGCUGAGGAGAAGAAGGAGGAGGAGAAGGAGGAGUCGGACGAGGACAUGGGCUUCGGUCUCUUCGACUAA